CAUGUGACGAGUAAUGAAAGUCCUCAGACCUCUUUUCUGUGGACUAACAUUGUUUCUUACUGUUUUUCUUGUCAGACUACCAGCAAGAAGAAGACCAGGAAGUUGAGGGGUCAUGUUAGCCAUGGCCACGGACGUAUUGGCAAACACAGGAAGCAUCCAGGUGGUCGUGGUAAAGCUGGUGGCCAGCAUCACCACAGAAUCAACUAUGACAAAUACCAUCCAGGUUACUUUGGAAAGGUUGGCAUGAGGCAAUUCCACUUGACCAGAAACAAAUACUACUGUCCUACAGUGAACAUUGACUCGCUCUGGUCCCUGGUCUCUGAACAAACCAGAUUACAGUACAAAAAGAAAGCAGAUGGAACAGCACCUGUCAUCGACACCACACGCGCAGGCUACUACAAAGUUUUGGGCAAAGGUCAUCUCCCAAAACAACCUGUAAUCGUCAAGGCCAAGUUCUUCAGUCGUUCAGCAGAGAAGAAAAUUAGAGAAGUUGGGGGUGCCUGUGUUUUGGUGGCCUAAAUCUUUGUAUCAUAAACCCAGAGAUGAAAAUAAACUGAUUACGGGAAAA